CUCUUUUCCAACAAACCCAUCUGGAACGAUUCAUUCCUUCAACACAGCCAAUACUUUGUAUCUUCGCUUAAACCACAUCCCGGCAGCCGUCUGAGACACUUUCGACCAUGCAUACUUUGAGCCUCUGAUCUUCCCGUCCACAGAAUUGCAGCAGCCAUGGCACCACAAGUCGAGAUCUCGAUACCCAACACCACCAUCUCAGGCACCUCGAAGCCUUACACUACCUACAACGUCACGCUCCGGCUGCCUCUAAGAUCAUUCACCGUCCAGAAACGCUAUUCUGAUUUCCUGUCCCUCCACACCGGCUUGACCGACCAAGUCGGCUCUCCGCCACCGGUCUCACCGCCUGCGAAGUCGUGGUUCUCGAAAACGGUCUCGAAUCCUCAACUUACAGAAGAGCGACGGCAAGCACUGGAAACAUACCUCAAGACCAUCAACGAGAUUGACGACUCGAGAUGGCGCACGACAAGUGUCUGGAGAACCUUUCUCAACCUGCCCAGCACCCUCGCAAGCCAAACCUCGAGUAAGGCGUCCACAUUACAUUCAGCAAUCACGGGGCCCGGAGGAGGCGGAGCACCCAUAACGGAUCCCGUAUUAUGGCUGGAUUGUCACAGAGACCUCAAGGCCCAAUUACAAGACGCACGGCUCAAUCUCACCCACCGUGACCAGGCGUCGACGCCACAGAAGCAGCACGAAGCCAGCACGGCGGCCAAGAGCAGUCUGGUCAAGGCCGGCGCGAUGAUCAAGGCCUUGGAGGAAGGAUUGGCCAACAUACAAAAGUCGUCAGCAGAAGGAUGGGGAGGAGGGCAGAAACUGGGCGAGGGCGAGAUCAGAAGAAGAAAAGACCUGAUCGCCACGGCACAAAAGGACAAGGAUGGUCUCGAGAAUCUCCUCAACGCCAUGGUCACCAAGUCGAAACUGGACCAUACCGUCGCGUCGGUCCAGGAUACGCAGAGCCUUAUGGGGGCGAAGCCUAAGUCUGGGGGACGAGUGCUCGGGAAGGAGACGGCGGAGACGAGAGAGCUUGACAAUCAGGGUGUGCUGCAGCUGCAGAAGCAGAAAAUGGCCGAGCAGGAUCUGGACGUUGAAGAGCUUCGCAAGAUUGUCCAACGACAAAAGGAAUUGGGCAUCGCCAUCAACCAGGAGCUCGAGGUGCAGAACGAGAUGCUCGGAAUGGUCGACGAGGACGUUGAACGGGUACAAGGCAAGAUCAACAUUGCUAAGCGCAGGAUCGGAAAGAUUUCUUAGAACCUGGACAUAAAUUUGUUCAUAUCAUUCACUUGUACGGAGUACAACAUGGCGGGUAUCAUAGCGUUCGCAGGUUUUGUCAAAUGCAUUACAGUCAGUUCUCCAUAGUAUGAGCACACACCAGAAGUUAAUGUCAUGUUCCGGGCUUUGGGUCGAGGAAAGCAUGCGCCGCUUCCGCCGUUAUCUUGGACGGUUUGCACUCGUCACUACUGAUCAGUCCGAGCUUGUUCUUGCGGGCCUGGAACCACAUCAACGCUCGAUCUCCGCCCAGCUGUUUGGAGAGGAUCUUCUCCUUCAAUUCUUGGACCAUGUUGUUGUACAAAUCAGGCAUUUCGAGCUCUUGCAUCCACUGGCGA